GCGUCCAUGGCCCGUUGAAACUUGAAUUUUUAUAGGCUUUCACCAUUUCUCUCUUCUUCCUCACUGGUAAAUCCUCCACUGCACAUUCAGAGGCUCUCUCCUAUCGGAUUUAUUACCCGGCGUUCUAUUCUUCAUUCCUUCCUGUUUCCACCGGUCUUUCCACGUGCUGCUGUCGAUGAGCAACUUGUUAACUAAUUUAAUAAUUUAGCAAGACCAUAUUUUGAGGAUCAUAACCUGUAUCACUUCUUUCUUCGUUCUUCCUUCUCAUUGCCGGUGUUUGAGUACGCGCGGGUGACCUUUCCUCCGUCGUUGCUGCUGAUCGUCUGGGGCUCUAGGAGAAGCUGAUUUCUUUCAAUGGAGAAAUACGAGAAGUUGGAGAAGGUCGGGGAAGGGACAUAUGGGAAGGUUUACAAGGCAAAGGAGAAGGCCAGCGGGCAGCUGGUGGCUCUGAAGAAGACGCGGCUGGAAAUGGACGAGGAGGGAAUUCCUCCUACUGCUCUUCGAGAAAUCUCCCUCCUUCAGAUGCUCUCACAGUCCCUCUACAUUGUCCGCCUGCUCUGUGUCGAGCAUGUUGACAAGGCCUCGAAGACUGUGGCUGCUGGUUGCCAGCCUAGUACCAAGCCCCUCCUCUACUUGGUCUUCGAGUACCUGGACACUGACCUAAAGAAAUACAUAGAUUCUCACCGCAAGGGCCCGAACCCCAGGCCUCUUGCUCCUUCCCUUAUUCAGAGCUUCCUUUUCCAGCUGUGCAAGGGUGUUGCUCACUGCCAUAGCCACGGGGUCCUCCACCGUGACCUCAAACCCCAGAAUCUUCUUCUCGACCAGCAGAAGGGGAUCCUCAAGAUUGCUGACCUUGGUCUUGGACGAGCCUUCACUGUUCCUCUUAAGAGCUACACGCAUGAGAUUGUCACCCUUUGGUAUAGAGCACCUGAGGUUCUGCUGGGAUCCACUCACUACUCCACUGGGGUUGACAUGUGGUCCGUUGGAUGCAUUUUUGCUGAAAUGGUGAGAAGGCAAGCCUUGUUUCCCGGGGAUUCUGAGUUCCAACAACUCCUUAAUAUAUUCAGGUUGUUGGGUACGCCAACUGAGGAACAGUGGCCAGGGGUUACUUCUUUGAGGGACUGGCAUGUCUACCCGCGGUGGGAACCACAGAACUUGGCACGAGCUGUUCCAUCUUUGGGACCUGAAGGAGUAGAUCUUCUCUCGAAAAUGCUCCAGUAUAACCCUGCUGAGAGAAUCUCUGCAAAGGCAGCACUUGAUCAUCCCUACUUUGAUAGCCUGGACAAGUCUCAAUUUUAAUCACAUGCUUGCCCACUUGUCACAAAUUUGUCUGCAGAUGUCUGUGUUUGAUGAUCUAUGUAGUCUAAGGAUCUAUUAAAUCGAUUGGGUAAACUGUAAAAUCGUUUGUCAUCAUCUUGGUGAUCUGGCUGUACAAUUCAAUGUAAGUUUCCUUGGAAUCCUCCCUUUCAUGGAGUUGCGAGUGGUAUCGCCUUUUGGGCCUCUUCAUGUCUUCAUGCAUGAACAAUCACUCUGGAAUCUUGUUCACCAUGAAAUUUUAUUAUUUGCUUAAGCUAUAGUUUUAUAUAACCCCACUAUUAACCA